UCUGCUUAUAUAAAAUCCAGAGCUUCGCCUAUAUAUAUAGAGUUUUACACACACAGACAUACACAAACACAAAUUCAGUUUUUGGGUUUUUUGUUUCAGUUACCAUCAUCCUCUUCGUCCUCAUCGUCACCGUCCCUCGCCUUUUCGCCGCAAACUCUGCAGCAGAGAGACUCCCAGUCGCUGCUCAAAACCUCCUCUCCAGAUUGAUUCAACCAAACCUCUACUCUCUCUCUCUCUGUUUCUUCCAACCCAAGAGCUCUGAUCCGACGGCCACGAUCUUCUACUGAGCAAGUUGCAUUCUACAUAUUGAUGGAGCCUAAUGGCCAUAGGAGACUGAGGAGAAAGGAUGGUCAUAUGCAAGAAAACGGUGACACGAGUGCGUCAAAUUUAAGCGAAGAACUUGAUCCAUGGACUGCAUGGGCAUACAAGCCUCGCACCAUUUCAAUGUUACUUGUUGGUGCUUGUUUUCUUAUUUGGGUAAGUGGAGCCUUAGAUCCAGAAAGCAGUGCUUCUGGAGACCUUGUUGCAUCUGUCAAAAGGGGUGUAUGGGCGAUGAUAGCAGUUUUUCUUGCUUAUUGCUUGCUCCAAGCCCCGUCUACGGUUCUUAUCAGGCCACAUCCAGCAAUUUGGCGGUUAGUUCACGGAAUGGCUGUUGUUUACCUAGUUGUUCUUACAUUUGUACUUUUUCAGAAGCGUGACGAUGCUCGGCAGUUCAUGAAGUUUCUGCAUCCUGAUCUUGGCGUUGAACUCCCAGAAAGAUCUUAUGGUGCUGAUUGUCGUAUAUAUUUGCCUGAUAAUCCUAAAAGCAGGUUUAAGAAUGUUUAUGAAACACUUUUUGAUGAAUUUGUUGUCGCUCAUAUAAUUGGGUGGUGGGGAAAAGCUAUAUUGAUCCGGAAUCAGCCUCUUUUAUGGGUGCUUUCGAUUGGAUUUGAACUGAUGGAGCUUACAUUCCGUCAUAUGCUACCAAAUUUCAACGAAUGCUGGUGGGAUAGUAUUAUUCUUGACAUUUUGAUCUGCAACUGGUUUGGUAUCUGGGCAGGAAUGCAUACUGUUAGGUACUUUGAUGGAAAAACAUACAAGUGGGUCGGUCUAAGUCGUCAACCCAAUAUUAUUGGAAAGGUGAAACGAACUCUGGGACAAUUUACACCAGCUCAGUGGGACAAAGAUGAGUGGCAUCCAUUACUUGGUCCAUGGCGUUUCGUUCAAGUCGUCACUCUUUGCAUAGUUUUCAUGACUGUAGAGCUUAAUACAUUCUUUUUAAAGUUCUGUCUAUGGAUUCCUCCCCGGAACCCUGUGAUCGUAUAUAGGUUGAUCUUGUGGUGGCUAAUUGCAAUUCCAACAAUUCGUGAGUACAAUUCAUACCUUCAAGACCGGACACCAGUGAAGAAGGUUGGAGCUUUCUGUUGGCUUUCUGUUGCUAUUUGCAUUGUUGAACUUCUCAUUUGCAUCAAGUUUGGACAUGGAUUAUACCCGAAAUCGAUGCCAUUAUGGCUGGUAGUGUUUUGGAUGUCUGUUGGAGCAGCACUUGUAAUAUUUUUGAUUGUUUGGUCUUGGCAAUUGCACCGAACUCUCGGGAGAAAGAGGCGAUGAUUGUUCCAUUGUGGUACUUCAUUCUUUGAAUUGCUUCCUCAAGGGUAUCAAUCCAUGCUGUAAAUGCUUAUUACUUUUAUAAGUUUUAGUUGUACAUUCUGAUUCUCUUAGAUUAGCGGAUCACAGUUACUCAAGUAGAGAUUAUUUAUUCUUUCUUGCUAGGCAGUGGAAAUUACUUAAAAGGCUCGCGCUUUACUGGUUUGCCACCAUUACUGGCAAGAUAUGAUCUAAAGUCAAAGGACCGAGCCAUUUUGAACUACAGA